CAGACGGAAUACAGCUAUUAUUAAAGAGACUAGUCUGUGGCUUGUGCAUAAAUCCACGGGUUCGCCCUGUAACACGACUUUUCUUGCACACAAACUGACAGACAAAAUAUGGCUAUUAUUAAAGACAUGUCAUGGGUAUGUCCAGUCUAUUUUAUGAUUUGCCAUACACCGCACUAAACCAGUUUGUUUCUCUUGGGACUUUAAAUACAAUAACUUGUUUUUAUUUGUGUCAGCUUUUUUACUUGUAAAUUAAGAAUUAAAUUUAUAGAAAUACAAAUAUUAAAAUGAUAGAGGGUGAAAAUAAAAUCCUACAAGCUUUUCUUGGUACAUUGUUAACAUGGGGAUUGACAGCAGCUGGAUCAGCGACUGUAUUUAUCUUUAGUUCUGGACGCUUUAAUGGAAAGCGAAAAGUAUUGGAUGGUAGUUUAGGAUUUGCUGCUGGGGUAAUGACUGCUGCUUCGUAUUGGUCAUUAUUAGCACCUGCUAUAGAAAAAGCAACUGAAUCAGGCAUAUAUGGUGAUGAUGGACAGUAUGCCUUUGUCCCUGCUGCUAUUGGUUUUGCAUUCGGUGGUUUGUUUGUCCUUGCAUCAGACAAAUGCAUACCUCGGUUUGCAGGCAAAGAUCCUGCACUCUCUUUGGCAAUGCUGCAUACCACAAGUCAUCAGAAGAAAACAGUUAUGUCUGAAUCCACAGCCACUGCGGAUGAUGUGUUAGAUGAAGCAACUGCAUCAAACUUGUCAAAUGAGUUGUUAACUAACGCAGACCGUCCAGAUGAGAAUACAGACCGUGAUGAUUCCUCUACUAAAGAUGUUGAGAAAAACAUUUUAGUUGCUGAUUCUGUCGAAUUAAAAGUAAGACAUCGCAAGAAGAUGAACGAUACAGGGAAAGUAGUUCUAGAAUAUCAAAUUGAUGCAAAUAAAGAGAAAGAAAUAGCUUCAAAAGCUGCAUCAGAGAAGUAUAAAAGUUGGAAAAGGAUGUUGCUAUUAAUCAUCGCUAUUACUGUUCAUAAUAUACCAGAGGGGUUGGCUGUUGGUGUAUCAUUCGGUGCUAUUGGUUCGACUCCCAAAGCCACAUUCGAAUCAGCCAGGAGUCUAGCUAUAGGUAUUGGUAUUCAGAACUUUCCAGAGGGAAUGGCAGUCAGUGUUCCUUUAUGUGCAGCUGGUUAUUCACCUUUAAAGAGUUUUUGGUACGGCCAAUUAAGCGGUAUGGUGGAGCCCAUUUUUGGUGUGCUGGGCGCACUUGUGGUGAUUGUAGCUGAACCUCUUCUUCCAUACGCAUUAGCUUUUGCAGCUGGUGCGAUGAUUUAUGUUGUAGUUGACGAUAUAAUACCAGAAGCUAACAUGUGUGGGAAUGGUCGCAUUGCAUCAUGGGGCUGCAUGCUUGGUUUCGUCAUCAUGAUGAGUUUAGAUGUUGGACUCGGCUGACGUAAAUCUUAGCGUGUUUUAGAAGAUAUUAUUUUUUUAGUUUUCUCUUUGUUUAAAAUUAGAAUCGUCAAUGCGUAUUUAAUUUAUUACGGGCAUUAACCCAGUAUCAACGACAAUGAUUUACCCGAAGAUGAGCGACAAGUAUUUACCCAAAUAUCAACGACAAGUAUUAACCCGAGGAACAUCGACAUUUAACUGAGUUUCAACGACAAACAGUAACCGAGUAUAUCCGAGCUAUAUAAUUAUUCUGUUGUAAUAAUUCAAGAUGGUGCAGGUAAAAGAUCCAUUCAAUGGAUAA